GCAUACGGUUGUUAAGUAAAAAUAUUUAAAAAUGGCAGGUUAUUUUAUAAAAUUGUUUUUAAUUUUUAUAAUUGGAUGUACUUAUGUCGAAUCCGCCACUACCCCGGUGCCGCGGUGUAUUGGGCCAACACUGGAGAACGGUAUUGUGCAAUGCAGCAGGAAAGAUCAAAUACUGACAUGUAACGGGGCCUGUAACACUGGGUAUAUAUUUUAUACGGGUGCCAAAGAAGUAGGACUCACCUGUAACUACAGCACAGGCGCGUGGAAAACCAGCGACACUUUUCCCGAAUGCAUCCCGGAUCGAUGCUUGACGCACUUGUUACCGAAUGUGAGCGACAGCGCUAUCACAGCUUCCAGCGCAUUCAGCCAAUCCAAGAGUCUAUAUUUCGGUGCCGACAGGGGGCGCCUCGACUCCAAGAUAGAACGCGUCGGUAGCGCGUACUACAGUGGCGGGUGGAAAGCCGAUAUCAACACUUUGGAGCAGUACAUUCAGGUAGAGCUGAACUCCACUAUGCUGAUCAGAGGUGUUGUGACCCAGGGAAGGUCAGUUCUGUCGGAGGAUAGCGCCAACGAGUACGUCACUCAAUACCGCAUUCUCUACAGUGCCGACGGUUACACCUGGCAGCCGUACAGCUCUCGACAGGUCAACGACCAGUUUUUACCUGGAAACAACGAUACAAUCACCAAGGUGGUCAACAUUCUCACCUGCCCUUUCAAGGCGAGAUUUGUGAGAAUCAACCCCUUGGCCUGGCACGAGAACAUUGCGCUCAGAUUUGACCUGUUGGGGUGUGAUCCUAGCAGCUAUAGUGAAUAUCACGAUUCACCGACGCCGACGGCCCGACCAACCAACUUGUGUCAACCCCUCCCUCCGCCCUCGAACGGCAUGAUGCACUGCGAGAAGCAAGUCGGCGUACUUUCGUGUGUUUCAAACUGUGUGGACAAAUACAAGUUUGAUACAGAUGAGAUGAUAAUUCAGAAAGUGUGUAACCAGUCGACGGGCGUUUGGAAUGGCGGGGAAGGGCUGCCAAGAUGUAUUUAUAACACAGCUUUAGAACCGCAGCCACCAGCACAUAAUUAUACAAACGGAUGUGUAGGGUUAAAGAAAGAAUGUGACAGUGCUGGUAACGGAGAUUUCCAGGCAUGUGCAGGAUGCCGAUUUUUCUCUACGUGUUCAGAAGGAUACCUGUAUAUUCGCGCAUGCCCAGAGGCGUUGUUGUUUGACGCCGUUUCCCGUCUUUGUGAUUACAGGUCACGAUCUUGUCCUGUUGCUUAAA